AUGACGGAGUAUUGGCUAGGGAGUGAUGAGAACGCUGCUGAAGUUGUCUUGUGUAAUAUCCGUGUGAAGAAAGACGUGGAUGACCAAUUUCAGUUACAGACUACUGAGACCAAUAACAACAUCGUUGAACAUCCACCACUAGACAACAAUACGGUCUCAAACGCUCUUGUCACCGGAGAUGGAGGAGAGGGGUAUGAUACGGAGACUGGACAACAAACCAUGGACGCUGAUGAUUAUAAUUUCAUGUUUGAUACUGAGCUCCUUGACUUCAUUGAUCAACAACAACCACUGAUGCUUCCUCAAGACUCAAUCCCUCCUCUUGGAGGUCAAGAUUUAAGAUCCACAAAGGACCAAAUGGAGGAAUAUGCGAAAGAGCUGGAAAAUAUACUGGAUAAAGACGAAGAAGAUGAUGAUGAUGAUAUGGUUAAACAACAACAACAGUAUCCACAUAUUCCUCUUCCUAUGGAAAGUCAAGAUUUAAGAUCUACAGUGGAUCAACACAUGGACGAAUAUGCGAAAGAGCUGGAAAAUAUACUGGAUAAAGACGAAGAUGAUGAGUAUGAUAGGGUCACACAACAACAACAACAUCCACAUAUUCCUCUUCCUCUUCAAGUUCAAGAUUCAGGGAACCCGCUGGUAAUCACGGAAGAUGAAUGUGUUGGCCGCCAAGAUAUCUUAAACCUUGAUCAACACAUGGAGGACUAUGCGGAAGAGCUGGAAAAUCUAUUGGAUAAAGACGAAGAAGAAGAAGAUGUUGAUAGUGCCAGUCAACAACAACACCCACAUAUUCCUCUCCCUCCUCAAGUUCAAGAUUCAGGGAAUCCGCUGGUAAUCAUGGAAGAUGAAUGUGUUGACCAAGAUAUAAUGUUUAACCUGGAAAGCGUCACUCAACAACAAGAACAAGAGAAGAUCGUUGAUACUUUAGGUGAGAUGGAUUGCGCAAGAUAUGAGAUGCAGGGCUACCUCUACUUUCAAGAUUCAUAUUUAGCAGGAAUUCAAGAGAUGUCUCCAUGGGACAACAUGCUGACCAACACCAAUCCUUUUGGGCUAGUAUUCAAUACUCAUGGAUACGAGAUGCAAGAGCCACCUGUCACGAAUGGAGUCAAUAAAAAAUCGUUGGGCUGUGUUGCAAAUUGUGCAAUGCAAGAGCAGAGGAGAAAAAGAAGAAAGCAAUGUUGA